AUGAUUCGCGUGGCUUUUAUCUGCGACAUCAUCGACGCCCUCGCCGCCGGCGCCGACGCCGUCAGCUCCACGCCGUCGCGCAAGCGGAAGCGUCCCUCUGCAGCGGCUGCUCGCAAGCAAGGUACCGCACAGGGCACCGAGGCAAAAAGCAUGGCUCAAGCAGCAGCGCAAGCUGUGCUCGGACUCGAGUCUGUGUCGACUCGGCGCGGGUCGAUGGACCCAACCGAGUUUGCGAUGGACUACAAGUUUCUCAAGACGCUCGGUGAGGGCUCGUUUGGCAAGGUCAAGCUCGCGGUCAACAUUCACACGUCGGAGAAGGUUGCGGUCAAGAUUCUGGAGAAGAAGCGGCUGCGCAAGGUGGAGGACAUGAAGCGGGCACAGCGCGAGAUCAAGGUGCUGACACUUGUGCGGCACCCGCACAUUGCGCAGAUGUACGAGGUGGUCAACACGGACAAGCACAUCUACCUGGUGCUGGAGCACGCGCCCGGUGGCGAGCUCUUUGACUACAUUGUGGCGCACAAGCGGGUGCGCGAGAAGGAGGCGCGGCUGUUUUUCCGGCAGAUCAUCUCUGCGGUGAACUACUGCCACACCAACUUUUUCAUCCAUCGCGACCUCAAGCCAGAGAACCUGCUGCUGGACAAGGAUCUGAAGAUCAAGAUCAUCGACUUUGGGUUCUCGAACACGUUCCGGGAGGACGAGCUGAUGAAGACGUUCUGCGGCUCGCCGGCGUACGCUGCGCCCGAGAUGGUGAUGGGCGAGCACUACCGCGGGCCCAAGGUGGACAUCUGGUCGCUGGGCGUCAUCCUGUUUGCGCUCGUCUGCGGCUUCCUUCCUUUUGAUGAUGCCAAUGUCAACAAGCUGUACUCGAAGAUUGUCAAGGGCAAGUACAAGUGCCCGUUCUUCCUCUCGGACUCUGUCAAGGACCUUAUUUCUCGGAUGCUUGUGACGUCGCCGGACGGGCGUGCAGACAUGGACGAGAUCAUGAACCAUCCGUGGGUGACCGAGGGCUUUGGUGGCCCACCCGACACACACCUCUCUGCGCGCGAUCCUGUGACCGAGAUUGACACGAGUGUGGUGGAGGAGCUCGAGGCCAUGGGCUUUUCUGCGGAGCACGUCAAGGCUCAGGUGCUCAACAACGAGGCGUGCCUGGCGACGGCGGCGUACCACCUGGUGGUGGAGAAGCGGAGCCACGAUGUGCGGCGGGCCGAGUCGCUGCGGGCACAGCUCUCGGCGAACGCGCACUCGCUGCGCGGCUCGCGGCGGCGCGGCUCGGACGCCAAGCGGCUCUCGCUGCAGCCGAUUUCCGAGUCUGGCGACUCGUCGGCGGCGACGUCGCCGCGCCCGGGCAGCGACCGAGCCAUGGCUCCGGCGGUGCCGACGCCGCAGCCUGUGCCGCGUAAGCGGCGGCGGCACUCGAUUGCAGUGGGGACACAGGCGUCGCACGCCGAGGCGGCGCGGCGGGCGACGGUGCUCGCUGCGCGCACCAGUGUCAAUGCGCCCGACUCGCCGGCGGCGUCGCCGAGGUCGUCCGACUCGUCGCGGUCGCGAUCGCGGUCGUCGGGCAGGUCCAAGUCCAAGUCCAAGUCCAAGUCCAAAUCCAAGUCCAAGGCCAAGCACAAGCUCAAGCUUGCGGCGCUCGACGGCGCCGGCUCGGGCUCGUCAGCGGCGUCGGGUGCGUCGCCGCGGCCGUCGCUCCACGUGCCCGAGCUCGACGGGUCGGUCAACGCCAACGGCGACCUCGAGCUCGCCGACGCGGCAGCCGACGCGGCGAUGGCGGCGGCGGCAGCACGGGCGGCGGCAGCACGGUCGCGCAGCGGGCGCCGGUUCUCGCUCGACGCUGCGCUGUCGUCGAUGUCGGGCAAGCCGAAGAAGAAGGAGAACGUGGCCGGUCUCCGUGUGGUCAAGGGCCCGUUCUCGGUCGCCACUACAAGCUCCAAGUCGCCCGAGGAGAUGGUCAUCGAGCUCGUCCGCGUCCUCGAGUCGACUGACACCUCAUAUACCCGCGACAACUACAUCUUUACCUGUGAGUCGUCGGCCAACGGCAACACGGUCCGGUUUGAGAUCGAGAUCUGCAAGCUGGAGCGGCUCGCCCUCAACGGCCUCCGUCUCAAGCGGCUGGUCGGUGACUCGUGGGUCUACAAGCGGGUCGUCCUCUCGCUCCUCUCGCUCCUCUCAUCCAAGGCCGAUGGCUCGGGUCUGUAG